AUGAGCAACACAGACUUCCUCGGCCGAGCGAUUGACACGGUCAAGAAGGCCAUUGAGAGCGAUAACGAGGGCGAAUAUGAGAAGGCCUAUCAGCUAUAUUACUCCGCGCUAGAGCUAUUCAUGCUCGCGCUCAAAUGGGAGAAGAACCCCAAGUCAAAAGAAAUGAUUCGCGCAAAGGCCGGCGAGUACAUGGAUCGCGCGGAGAAGCUGAAGAAUCAUCUGGCGCAGCAGGAUAGUCGGAAAAAGCCGAGCGCUGUAGGUGCUAAUGGGAAGGUGUCGCAAGGGAGUGGGAAAGGAGGCAAGGACGACGAGGAGGGCGAGGACGCCGAUUCGAAGAAGCUACGCUCCGCGCUUGCUGGCGCUAUCUUGUCGGAGAAGCCGAAUGUGAAGUGGGAGGAUGUUGCCGGUCUCGAUGGUGCGAAGGAAGCUUUGAAGGAGGCGGUUAUUCUUCCUAUAAAGUUCCCACACUUGUUUACUGGAAGACGACAACCGUGGAAGGGUAUCCUGCUCUAUGGGCCUCCAGGUACCGGAAAGUCCUAUCUCGCCAAAGCCGUCGCGACGGAAGCAAACAGCACAUUCUUCAGUGUCAGCAGCAGUGAUCUGGUCUCGAAGUGGAUGGGUGAGAGUGAAAGACUUGUUAAACAACUAUUCAACAUGGCCCGUGAGAAUAAACCAGCCAUUAUCUUCAUUGAUGAAGUGGAUGCGCUCUGCGGCGCUCGUGGAGAGAACGACUCUGAGGCGUCCCGCCGUAUCAAAACCGAGCUGCUUGUCCAAAUGGACGGAGUGGGCAACGAUUCCAAAGGUGUCCUAAUUCUCGGUGCAACAAAUAUUCCCUGGCAGUUAGAUGCUGCUAUUCGUCGAAGAUUCCAACGGAGAGUUCACAUUUCACUACCUGAUAUAAACGCGCGCUUGAAGAUGUUCAUGCUGGCUGUGGGUUCAACGCCAUGUCUUAUGACACAGGCCGACUACCGAACGUUAGCAGAGAUGAGCGAAGGCUAUUCCGGUAGCGAUAUUAGUAUCGCCGUUCAAGAUGCACUAAUGCAGCCCAUCCGUAAGAUUCAAACAGCAACACACUACAAGAAGGUCACACACGAAGGCCAAGAAAAACUGACCCCGUGCUCGCCCGGCGACAGCGGCGCCCUCGAGAUGAGAUGGGAGGAGGUCGAAGCCGACCAACUUCUAGAACCACCCCUCGUCCUAAAGGACUUCAUCAAGGCCAUCCGCAACUCCCGACCAACCGUCAGUCAAGAAGAUCUGAAGAGGAACACGGAGUGGACCGAGGAGUUCGGUAGUGAGGGAGCGUGA